AUGUCGGUCGAAGUAGCGACAGGAACGCCAUUGGCAGAAGCUCUCCAGAACGCUGUGCAACCCAAGCUCGCCGAGGUUGGAUGGAGCACCGGUGCCGCCGACGACUCAGCGCUGGCCGAGUACAUCAUCCUCAUGCUCGUUAACGGCAAGACCCAAAACCAAAUCGCCUCUGAACUAUCAAACGACCUGCUCGGUCUUGGACCGGAAGAUCCCAGCGCCAACGAUUUCGCGACAUGGUUAUUCGAUCAGGUCAACAGUCUGAACGCUCAACUCAAUGGAGGUCAAGAUGCGCAAAUGGGUGCGGCGCAACCUGCCGAUGUCACAACUACUCCCCGAGACCAAGCUGGCCAAGAUCAGACCAUGGGCGAUGGAGGCGACUCGCUGCCUGAAGGCGCAAUGUAUGUCGCAACACGCCAUGCUUGUAUGACAAAUUCACUAACCAGAGCUAGCCCUACCGGACCCAAGUCGAUGCGCAAUGGUGCUGGCAAGCAACAACGGGGUGGUCGUAUGCUCGGACAGAUGAACAAAGCCCUGGACCGAACAGGUGAUGCUGCGCUACACAGGAUAAGAGGUGGUGGUGGUGUCGGAAGAAUCAACACACACAACAACCGUGAGCCUCCCAAGGGCCCUCGCAACAUGGGCAACCGUAUGCAGAACAUGGGCCAGAUGAACUCGCCCAUGUCGCCGAACGCUGUCAUGGGAGCCAACCCGCAACAACAGAUGCAACUAUUCAAGAUGCUGGAAGAGCAGUCACGAAUGAUGGCUCAGAUUCUCGGUCCCGGACAACAAUUUCCCAAUGCCCCUGCGAUCAACCCUGCAUUCUUCAACGGUCAGCAACAACAGCAACAGGGUCAGCAAGGAAAAUCACUGUUUGAGCGUGUUGAGAAGCCGAGGAAAAACAGCAACUUCAAGAACAAUCAGCGACCUAACGCAGGAGGAGACGACAUGGAGACGGACGCUCCUGAGAACGCCGACUCUGAGCAAAAGGAACCAUCAACCAUCGCCUGCCGCUUCCAGCUCUCUUGCACAAACCCUUCAUGUCACUUCGGUCACCAAUCUCCCGCCGCACCUCCUGGUAUCGCACUCGAUCUCACCGACAAGUGCCCCUACGGCGCCGCUUGCACAAACAAGAAAUGCGUCGCUUCCCACCCCUCGCCGGCGCAAAAACGCGCACACCUGUCCACCCAAGUGGAUUGCAAAUUCUACCCCAACUGCACCAACCCGAACUGCCCCUUCAAACAUCCCACCACACCACCAUGCAGGAACGGCGCCGAUUGCCCUGAACGUGACUCUGGCUGCCAGUUCUCUCACAGCGACAUCAUGUGUCGCUACACACCUUGUUUGAACCCUAACUGCCCGUACCGCCACAACGAAGGACAAAAGCGCAGUGCCAACUGGACGAAUCCCAAACACGUCAGCGACCGUACUUUCGUCACCGAUGCAGACGGCGAUGAAGAGUUGAUCAUACCCGGCUCCAGCAGUGUCGAAGGAGUGGACGGUUCGCAAGUACAAGCACAGCAGCAACAACAACAAGCACAGCAGGCGCAAAAGCAAGGGCAGAACAACCAGGGUGAUGCAGAUGGCAUUGCUUAG